AUGUCAAGUGGUAAAGAUUUUGUGGAGGCCAUGGCUCGCCUGGGCUAUCCUGGUGCAUCCGCACUGGAGGCCUCAGAAUUUGACUGGCUCUUCACCGGUCUGCCGGAAAACCGUCUCUUCUUGGACUUUAUCUGUCAGGGACUGAGCCAACGCAAUGUUUUGACCCCUGAGGAGGUGCAGGCUUUCGAUGAGCUCCAAAAGUCUGGCAAGCCCAUUCUGGAUCAAGAAAACUUGGAUAAGCUCCUCAAAAACGUCAGCGCUUCGGAAGCCAAUCACCCGGCCGUGGACGGAAAGAUUGUAGAAGAUUUAGAAGCGGAGCUGAAGGCCCUGCGCAAGGAGAAAAAGCAGAAGCAGAAACGUUUGGAGAAGCUGGAGGCCGCGGUCGCUUCUCGCGCGGACGUCGAAGCCAGUCUCUCCUCAAAACUAGAUGGCGUUUCGUCCCGACUGAAGGAAGCCAAAGCUUUCCUCGGAGCAGAAAACGCCAGUACUAACGCCGGGCUGAAAAGCAUGGCGGACGAGACUGGCGAGCUAACGUCGUGCCUUCUUACGCGCGAUCUUAUAGAUGAGCACUUCACUAAAACACUCUCGGCUUUAGUCAGAAAGCACUUUUUUGGGGACGUUGUUGAACAGGUGCAGGAAUUCGGCUCUAGUGAAGAUAAAGAAAAAAAAGUGGAGGAAGUGAGAACCAUCUUGGCUAAACUUGAGCAGUUGCACAUUGUGGCGCUGCAUCAGCUGAUUGAAGCCGCCGCGGAGGAGAAAAGUUUGGAGGCCGGGCUCGACUGGCUUACUAACAAGUCGAUGAAAAUCCAGUGCACUGACAACUCGUCAUCCCUUGAAAUGUACAAGACUGACUUCGAGAAGGAAUUGCGAGCGGUGGAGGCGGAGAUCGAGGCUCUGCGCCACGGACCGCUGCCUAUCGCCCUUCGGAAGUCCGCCAAGCUGUUCACUGUGCCAUUGGUGAAGGCAGACCAAGCCAUGCACCUGGCCAGGCAGGACUACUCAACAUUGCGAAAGAAUCAGCUACGUGACAAACUACUCCACCAGAAGGCAGCUUUCGACAUCCUUCACUUGAACCAGCAGGUGGUGUUUAGGAAGUGGAGAGAGUUCCUGAAGCAUCUCGGCGACGUGAACAGCAGGCUGGUCAAAGAAAGUGAAGAUGCGUCCCUUAGAUUGGAAGCCCUAAAACAUCAUGAUCUAGCGUUAAACGUGACGCCCAGUCCCAUCGUCGGCAGCAGGGACGCCACGUUUAAGAGACUCGCAGAGAUCCUCGACCGUGAGUCUUCCAGUGGGAGGUUGGAGCCUUUUUGGACCUACGAGGCAGUGGAGCAGGCUGCCGGCGACCUGUCGAGCAACCUCCAGGCGGCCCGCGAAGCGCUAGCGGCGGCCGGCCAAGAGCGUGGCGCCGCCGUGGCAGAACUUCAAGACCACGGCGAGGCCCUCGACGAGGCGUUGACCACAGAGUUGCAGCAACUGGUCUUAGGACCGCAGCUGUGUCUUAAAGCCAUUGCUGGCCAGGAGCUGCUCUGCCCCAAUGCAAAGGAAUUGAAGGAAAAACUCUCAGAAGCCGAUUCACAGCUGCAGCGUUUGCUGAAGUCCAUUCAAGAUAUUUCGGGCGACAUCAACGCCAAGCGCUCGCAGUUGGCGCGAGAUCCACACCUCGUGUUUGAGAGGGAAGUGUACGCCUACUUCCACUCGAAUAUUGCAGUCUUACAGAAAGUUGUGGAGGAUCUGGAGCGCAAACAGAAGCUGACAAGAGGGAAACCGUAA